CAACUAGUAUGUCAUAAGAUACAAUACUCCUGCCAGCCAAGAACAAGAUGCAACACCACUGAAACAGUGAAACUCACAGAUCUCUCAUCCAUGGAGUGGCCUUUCAGUAUUCCAUUAUGGGCCAUCUUUCUCAUCUUCCUCCCAAUCUUCACCAUUAUCCAACAGAGAAUUCGCACCACGAGGCGACUUCCACCUGGACCACGUGGCUUACCAAUCAUUGGCAACAUGUUUGAUCUAGGAACCAUGCCACACCGAGCCUUAGCCACAUUAGGCACCAAGCAUGGACCAGUCAUAUGGCUAAGGUUAGGCAGUCAAAGAAUCAUGGUUAUUCUGACAGCAGAAAUAGCAGCAGAGUUUUUCAAGCACCAUGACCUCUCCUUUGUUGAUCGUAACAUCAACGAGACAAUGAGGGUCCUCGACUAUCACAAAGGGUCGUUGAUCCUUGCUCCAUAUGGGCCGCACUGGCGAGUGAUGAAGAAGCUCUGUGUGAUUGAGAUGCUGACUAGCAAACGAAUCAGAGAAAGUGCAUCUGUUAGAGAGAAGUGUGUGGCUGAUCUGAUAAAGUGGAUAGAGGAUGCUGCACGAGUUGAUGAUGAUGGCGAGAUUCAGGCGAUUGAAGUUGCUCACUUUGUUUUCCUUGCUGAAUUCAACUUGCUUGGGAACCUCUUACUGUCAAAGAAUCUCUUGGAUCCUAGUUCAAUGAGAGGGUCUGAGUUUUAUGCAGCUAUGAAUGGGUUGACUCAGUGGACUGGUCUUCCAAAUGUCGCAGAUUUUUUUCCCUGGCUAAAAUGGUUGGAUUUGCAGGGAUUACAGCGAAAGACAAAGCGAGACAUGAGAAAACUUUUUGAUAUUUUGACACAGCUUAUGAAGGAACGUAUUCAGGAGAAAGAGAUGCGAACAGAGAAUGGCAAGAAAGACAUUCUGGAUUUGUUGCUGGAAUUUGAAGGUGAUGGGAAGGAGGAACCCCAGAAGUUAUCAGAUUAUCAUAUCAGCAUAUUUAUGUUGGAGUUUUUUAUGGCAGGUACAGAGUCAACAACCAGCACAAUAGAAUGGGCACUAACAGAGCUCCUAGCAAACGUCGAUUCCAUGUCUAAAGUCAAAUAUGAGUUAGAUCAAAUUGUAGGACAACAAAGAGAGUUCCAAGAAGCUGAUAUCGACGAACUUCCAUAUUUACAAGCAGUGAUCAAAGAAACACUCCGCUUACAUCCUCCAGUCCCAUUCCUGGUGCCAAGAAAAGCUGUAGAAGAUGUAAAUUUCAUGGGGUAUGACAUACCUUGUGGCACACAAGUUUUUGUGAAUGUAUGGGCAAUAGGAAGAGACCCAGAAAGUUGGGAUGAUCCAUUGAGAUUCAUGCCUGAGAGAUUUUUAGGGUCAGAAACUGAUUACAAAGGAUAGCAUUAUGAACUAAUACCCUUUGGAGCAGGGAGAAGAAUGUGUGCAGGGGUUCCAUUAUCUCAUAAAAUGCUGAAUCUCAUCUUGGGUGCACUUUUACAUAAUUUUGAUUGGGAGCUAGAGAGUCAUAUCACUCCUGAAACCAUUGAUUGGGAGGAUCGGAUUGGGUUGACGGCUAAAAAACUUGCACCGCAGAAAGUGAUACCGAGGAAGUGCAAAGUCUAAUUGAACUUCAAAUGGAAAAGUUGUUUCUGUAACAAUCAAAGUAUCAAACUCAUUACUCUAUCAUCCGGAUAUUAAGAUGCGAUAAAACGUCCAUCAAAACAUAAGGAGACACCUCCGCUAGACAAUGACUACAAUGACGCUCCCAGCAGUCUCUCUGGAGAAUGUGACACUUCUAGUUAUCUCCCUUCCUAAGGCUGUAAACAAUAUUAAAGUACAAUGUUUCUAAAUUACACAGAAUUAUAAUAGUUUCGUUGAUACUUGAUCCUGACUUUCAGGUAGAGUACUAAACAAGUCUUUAUUUGCUUCUAAAUAAAGGGUUACAUGACACUAUAAAGUAUGGGAGAUAUAUAUAAUAUA